AAAUACAGCUAAGGAAUACGGACAACAUGUUCUAUACACAUGUGCUUAUGAGUAAGCGAGGGCCAUUGGCCAAGAUCUGGCUUGCAGCUCACUGGGAGAAGAAACUCACAAAGGCUCAUGUAUUUGAAUGUAAUCUAGAGAUAACCAUUGAAAAAAUUCUUUCAUCUAAGGUAAAAAUUGCACUUCGAACUUCAGGACAUCUUCUUUUGGGAGUUGUGCGAAUCUAUAAUAGGAAAGCAAAAUAUCUUUUGGCAGAUUGCAAUGAAGCAUUGCUUAAAAUGAAGAUGACAUUUCGCCCAGGACUGGUUGACCUCCCGAAAGAGAAUUUUGAAGCUGCUUACAAUGCUAUCACACUGCCAGAAGAAUUUCAUGAUUUUGACACCCAGAAUGUGAAUGCUAUUGAUGUUUCAGAACACUUUACUCAGAACCAAAGCAAACCAGAGGAAAUCACACUUAGAGAAGAUUAUAGUAAUGAUCUACUUUUCCAAGCUGGAAGCUUUGGGGAGGAAACUGAAAUUCUCAGAAGACAUAGCUUCUUUGAUGACAACAUACUGCUGAAUUCCAGUGGUCCUUUAGUUGAACAUAGUUCUGGAAGCAUUGCUGGAGAAAAACCUCUGUUCUAUGACAGUGAAGAUGGAUUUGGAGAUGAAGGGGCUGCAGGAGAGAUGAUUGACAAUCUACUGCAAGAUGAUCAAAAUAUCCUGUUAGAAGACAGUCAUUUGAACAGAGAAAUUUCUCUGCCUCCUGAACCUCCUGAUACCAUAUGGAACCAGAUAAUCCAGAGUAUAUACGUCUACCUGAAAAUGGAAAAAUGGAUGAAACAUUAUCAAAUGAAGAAGAAGGAUUUACCCUUGACCCAAUUGAUGUUUCAGACAUUGCUGAGAAGAGAAAAGCCAAAAAGAGGAAAUUGCUCAUAG